AUGUGCUGUGGCAUUGCCAAGAAAAGUUUGGCCCGUCGCUCCAAUCGCUCUCAGCGCCGUGUCGGCGGGUUGAAAGGCGUUCCGGGCUCCGAAGCUGCCCGCCAGGACUUCGUGGUGCGACUUUCGGGUGCCUUGAGAGAGCUCUCGGAGUCAGGGAAGGAGGGCGAGCCGACAGUGCGGAAACACGCACAAGGGCUGCACGAAUCCUGCCGACGAUUUCAGCUGCUGGCCCGCAGUGUUCCUGAGGAGGUCAGCAGGUGGAAGGACGGUGAUUUCGCCUCGGCUGUGGAGGAUUUGCAAGAGCAGGACUCACGGUUGAUGGAAGAACUGCAGCGAGUUGCCGGCGAGGCAGAGGAGCUGCGAAAGAAAUCCGAGGAAGCCGUCUGGGAAGUCUCUGGAAGGCUCAUUGGCUCAGAGGAUGAUUUGGAAAGAGACGACCCAAGGCCGGAAGAGGAAGCAUCCACGGUUCCCUCUGCAGCUUCCGUUCGCCCGAAGCUGCAGGAUCUUGCCCAGCACAGGUCGCGCCGUUUCGCAGAAGAAUUGGAGUUUGUCCAAUGCUUGGCAAAUCCCAGUUACGUGAUGUGGCUGGCCUCUCAGGGCUUUCUUGGCGAUACCGGCUUCGCCCACUUCCUCGACUACCUGUGCUACUGGAGACGGCCGCAGUAUGUGCGCUACAUCACCUACCCGGCGUCCCUGGCGAUGUUGGAUCUUCUGCGGGAUCCAGCAGUUCGAGGACGGCUCCAGCGAACAGACGCCGAGAGCUUCCUGAGCAGCAAUCUGCUGCAUGCCUGGGGGAAAGUCAAGGAGGUUCGGCUGGGCCCAGAAGCUGACCUUGCCGGCACCGAGGCUGUCGAGGAUCCCAUCAUCGACGAGGCGGCGCCGAAGAGUCCCACAGGCGACUCUUCCAUCACGGCUGGUAUCUUCUCGAACGCAGGUGCCACAGGGCCGGACAAGGGCCAGGCAAAGGCCUGGUUGAAGAGGCGCUUGCAGAAGCAGGCAGAGGGGACUCGAGCCAGGACUCUCAGCGAAGAAGCUGAAUCCGUUGCUCGCCCACUGCUUUUGCCGGUGUGUGGUGGAUCAGCCGAGAAGUUGGAGCAGGUCGUGAAAAAGCGCAAGCAGACAUGGCAGGACCCAUCGGAUGGAGCCAAAGGUGAUCUGGCCGAGGUCAGUCGACGACCUCCGCUUGAUCCGGUGCCAUCAAAGGCACCGCUCCUGAGAAGCAAGCCUCGCGCAGCCUGA